UUCAUAUAUUGUUAAAUAUGCAAAGUCUCAAAAGAAUAUUCUUGUGCAUGCUAUUAUGUACCGAAACAGCAUGGACCUCACUGCCAAAUUCUCAAAUGAAUUCCCUCCUCUCCGAAACCAUUGAUGCUCCCAAGUCAUCGUCUAGUGUCCAAUCGAAGGUGCCUUUUAGGGAGAGUAAAAUUUCACCAAGCAGUAGACGUAUUCCCAGCUUCGGACGGAUAGAUAAUUCGAUGAGACCACUAGAACCGAGGAGAGACUCCAUUGCACCCUCUGUCGCGGAGGUGAAGAGCGCCAUCAAUGAAGUUCAAUCUCUGGUUCAAAAGGAGGCCCAGAUUGAUAGACAGCUUUUUGAACAAAAAAUUGAUCUUCCAAAUCAGAAUACAGCCGGAUUUGGUCCUCAUUUGUUGACCACCUCGGAGGCUCAGAACAUCGCCCAACAGUCAGCCACUUUUAUUGGUAGUGUUGCAAGAGCAAUCGAGAAAACCCAGAGUAGAAUGAGACCUAAAUUUGGAACAACAUCUAUAUCAAACAAAGCCGUUCUCUCCCGCAUACCUGAAAUACCUAGUUUAUCGGUACAGUUCAGACCUUUUUGUCCAUAUAAUAGCAAACCUUCCUGCAAAUCCAAUGCUAAAUAUAGAACUGCUGAUGGAACGUGUAAUAACUUAAAUAAUCCACUUUGGGGGCGAUCUCAAACGCCAUUCGAACGAUUUGUGUUUCCAUUUUACGAAGAUGAUGUUCAAGACCCAAGAAGUCGGGACGUAAAUGGAAGUCCUUUACCAGGUCCCAGGGAAAUAAGCAUUGCUGUCCAUCAGAGGAGUACGAACACACACGUCAUGGAUCUCUCACAAUUCACCAUGGAAUUCGGACAAUUCGUCAGUCACGACAUCCAAUUUAACGCUUUGUCUAAAGGUUACUUGAACACAAAUCUCAAUUGCUGUGGAAGAAGAAAUUUGAUUAGAUCAAAUUGUUUGCCAAUUUCCUUACCAAAAGACGAUCCUUAUUUCGGGGCUUUUAAGAGGACUUGUAUGAACUUUGUCAGAUCUUUACCCUCAGCAGCAUUAGACUGUAGUGUCGGCCCACGUCAACAAAUUAACCAGAACACACACUAUAUUGACGGUUCUGCUAUCUAUGGCUCCGACCAAAGCACAAUGAAUUCAUUAAGACUUAAAAGAGAUGGUCUGUUAAGAUCAACAACUGUUGAUGGCAAAGAACUUUUAUCACAAGAUACCAGCAAUUCAGCCUCUUGUCGAUUGCCAUCUAACGACAAUAAAGUUAAAUGUUUCAAAGCAGGUGAUAGACGAGUUAACCAGCAAGCAGCUUUAAUUUCCCUCCAAACCAUUUGGCACCGGGAGCACAACAGAAUUGCUAAAAAUCUCAAACAAGUAAAUCCACAUUGGGACGACGAAACACUGUUCCAGGAGUCUCGUAAAAUUGUUGGCGCUCUUAUUCAGCAUAUCACCUACCACCAAUACCUGCAAGAAAUAUUAGGAAACAAUAUUAUGAACCAAUUUGACCUGAAGCCAAAAUCCUCAGGAUAUUUCACUGGCUAUAAUGCUAAAUUUAAACCGAUGAUCAGGAAUUCCUUCUCCGCGGCAGCCUUCAGGUUUGGGCAUAGCAUGAUUAACGACAAAUUGUCUUACCAUCCAACAAAAACUUUCUCUAACAACAUCAUGACUGAUUUGAGAAACAUCAUUUUAAAACCAGAAUGGAUAUAUAGAAAAGAUGGUGGAGUAGGGGCUGUUACAAAAGGAUUGUACGAAACAAAUGCACAGAGUGUCGACAUGAGGAAAUCAUAUGAAGUAACCAGGCAUUUGUUCGAAUCAAGUCCAGGGAAUGGUAUUGAUCUAGCAGCAGUAAACAUUCAGAGAGGUCGUGACCAUGGUAUACCACCGUACAACUUCUGGAGGAUGGUCUGUGGUUUAGAACCAGCCACGUCAUUUACAAGUGGAACUGGUGGGCUUGUGGAUCAUCCAGGAGACGCCAUCAUUGCCUUGAAAUCCAUUUAUAAAAAUGUGGAUGAUAUAGAUCUCUUCACAGGAGGUGUCUCAGAAAACCCUCUUCCAGGUGCACGUGUUGGGCCGUUAUUUGCCUGCAUUAUUGGACUGCAGUUUAAGGCCCUCAAAUACGGAGAUAGGUUUUACUACGAAAACAACAAAGACAACGUGAAAUUUACUCAAGAACAGCUGAACGAAAUACGGAAAACACUAAUGGCGAAUGUCAUCUGCAGAAAUACAGACAUUGAUAAAAUUCAUAGGAAUGUCUUUGAGAAGAAGACUGUAAGCACCCCAGAGUUCUCAUGUUCUUCAUUCAAAAACGACAUCGAUUUUACCAAAUGGGACUCUUGUAUUCCCCGAAAUGGCGGAUGGUCGUCAUGGAGAUCGGUUGGUGGAUGUGCCUCUCGCAGAACAUGCAAUAACCCUUCACCUAAUAAGUGUGGGAAACCGUGCAGCGGAAGUUCUUAUAAAUUUGAAUGUUCAUUGGAUCUAACACAAAGACGACCAGUGACUCCAAGGAUUUUCCCAAACAUCCGGGAAGGACCAUUUACCAAUCCUAGAUUUCAAAGGGGGCGAGUUGCAAUACCUUGAUUCCAAUCAAAAUGUGUCUUAAAAUAUGUGCAAUAUUUGUUAUGUUUUUUUAUAUUCAUAAUUUGUGAAUAAAUUGAAUUUUGACGAAAAUGCGGUUUCUCCAACAAGAGUCGUAGAUUUGAAAACUUUAAAUUGCCUGAAGGAUAUUAGAUGUUUUUGAACUGUGAAUAUGCGCAAUUAUGAACAGUUUUAGCCAGCAGUCUUGACGCUGUUAAAACGUAAUACUGGCGAAUAUAAUAAGUAUGGUAAACUAUUUGCUCAUCUAAUAAUUCUUGAAUCAAGUUGUAGUAACAAUUGACCAAUUUUAUUGGAUGAAAUGCACAUGGCAAUUCUGCAUAUUAAAAAAAAUUGUCAAAUCGUUAUUUAUUGAGAUUUCGUCUGACUGAUAUUUACGUACGAAGAACUUGCGUUCAUUAAACAUAUUUUGAAGAUUUGA